AUGUUGGUAACGAUGUGCAUCCUGGCGAUCACCGUCUUCGCGGAUAUUUACGCGAAUAUGGAUAAUUUGUCGAUCACAACCGACGAUGGUUGCAUCUUCGCUGGCAUCUUCGUUGUGAUAUUCAAAGCGAUGAACCUUCAAAUUCAUCGAGGAAAAAUGAAAAAAUUGUUGCACGAUAUAUUCGAGUGUGGCGACGAUCUCUGCGAAUUUUCCGAACUCGAAAGCGUUAAGAAGAUUAUCGACAAAUAUCACACACGUAACAAAGUGAUGUUCUUUGGAUUUUGCGGGAUAGGAGCUUGCCUAGGAUUCGCACUGUUGUGCUUCACGCCUAUGGAGAAUGGUUUGCCGAUCAGGGCAAAGUAUCCCUUGAACACGACCGUAUCACCUUGGCACGAGAUCAGUUUCUUCGUUGAAACUUGCGCCGUAUCUGGCGGUCUGUUAGGAAUAAUCGUAAUGGACAGCAUGACGACUUUCAAGUGCAGCUUGAUCACGAUGCUGUUGGACGCGUUGAAUGUCAAUUUUGAAAAUUGUAACUAUGAAACGAAGCAGACGAUCGAUGGAUACAAUGUAUACAAGGAAAAACGGAAUAAUAAUAAUAAUAGAUUCCUCGAUCGUUACAAGAAGUGUGUUCAAUUUCAUCAACGAUUAGUAAUCAUAUCGAAGGAUUACAACGAGAUAUACAAUUUAAGCAUGUUCGUUCAGAUGCUUUCCAGCACCUCGAUCAUAUGUCUGACUGGUUUUCAAGCUGUUGUGAAUGCAGCGGAGAAGAUGCGUCUUCUAGUCCUCGUCCUCGCGGGCAUCUUGAACGUUCUCGAGUUUGUUCGUUGUCAAGAGCUUUCGGUCAUCAGGCACUCCGAUGGAGACAUUUUCACGUUGGAAGGUUCCUGCACGGAGGCUUGCACGGUGCUCAGCAGCGGAACAGCCAGCCCUUACACGCGUAGCCCUUCGACCGCAGGGCUCGUUCCUCCUAACAACACUUGCACCUGCCAGUGCAACUACGGGCUACCCACCUUCCGGGAGGAUCUUCACAUCUGCGUGAACGAUAUUCACGAAUGCAACGUUGCUGGUUUCGUGAGCGGCACAGGCCAAGUCGAGAGGGUGCCAUACGUGUUUCUACCUCAACGUGGCCAGAUAAUCUAUCCUCACGCGGAAAUACGCUUCGAAGGUGUGACAACGCCGGUGUGCGGAAUAACUGGGGCUCAGCAAUUGGGGCGAGCAGGAUGGUCAGAGUUGAGGAAUCUUUCGGACACAGAGCCACCCUUCAGGCUGUUUCGUGACGAAGGAAGAACGUUUCUACAGUGGAUCGGCGAAACCGGGCUGAGAGAAGCGGCUGAGGGUCGCGUGGUGACAGCGAAACUCGUGUGCAGAGACGCCUCUCAGAAGUCGAAGCUCCCCGGUGUCUUCACCCCGUGCGUGGCUUUCAGGGUGGCUGGUUCACAGUCCAAAAGCAACGUUCGAGAAGUGAUGUUCUCCUCGACAACGCAACUGUCGCAAGGGCUCUCCGCGACCGAGUACACGGCCAUCGGCCUCUCAUCCGUGAUCCUUGCAUUGAUCUACGUCGCGAGCGUGUCCCUGUACCUCCACAGCAAAAAGGCGAAGAGAAAGAUCGUCGAGGAGCCGGAAAUAAACUUGGCCCCUGGCCGAGAAGUGAGUGGGUUGGUGAAGAGCAACCCUUUGCUCGCUGCUUCGAGACACUUCGAGAGCGAUACUAACAGUGGUUUAACGGAGAGCGAUCUGGGGGAUGAUCUUCCACCUAGCGACGGUGAACAGGGAUUCGAAAAUGUUACUUCGGCUAUCGUUCAUCCCCAUUGCAUUUACAUGGAACAGUCUGAAGCUUGCUUUGGAACUGGUUCCAUUCUAGGGGAAAGAUUGCCAGAAGAGGAUGUGCGAGUCGUGGAAACCGUGGAUAAUCAACAUCAACAGGAUGUUCCCGUAUUACCUGGAGCUCAGAGAAGAAAGUUAUACUUCAAUCCCGCUUACUUCGACAGACAAUUGUUGCUCGCGCCUCCUCCAGCAGCUAUCGAAUUUCUUAUAAAAAUUCGGGAGGUCAUCUCCAUAGCGAAGCACAAAAUGGCUGCAAAGAAAUUCGUCCCUAUCCUCGUCGGGAUCCCGGAAGAGGAAACGAACACGGAACAAUGCGACGCGACGGGCAAGAAUCAGCUUCAACAAUCGGCCUCGAAUUCGACUCGAAGCUCUAUCACCAAAUCACGGAAGUCGCAACGAUGCACCGGAUGCCCCGGCUGCACGACGGACACGUUCAGAGACACGCCUACUCUUCCAGAAUCCGAUCAGUUAAAUCCGGGUGAGAGUAAGGUUCGAGCAUGGUUGGCGGACGUUAGGUCGACGCCUCAACGUUGGCGAGACGCGGAAGAAGCUCGAAAGACCCUUCAAGAGAACACGAAAACCUUCAACAAGAAUUUAGAGUAUUUAAAGGAAUUGGCCAAACGAGAAUUCGACACGGAUGCGAAAGGGAAUUUGUUGUCGGGAAAAAUUGUUUCUUCGUGGAAGGAGAGUUCACAAAUGAUGAUGAGAACGUUUCAAAACGUGGCAAGGAGCGAAAUUCUCGAGACGGACGAUCGACACAGCGUUUCGAAACGUUCGACCAAAUCGAUGUUCGAGGAAUCCAAUUAUUAUUCGCCGAGAAGAAACGGGGAUACUUCGAUAGGUGGGGGCAACGGUGAUGAAGUCAUCAACACCAAGGUGAGGAAAGCCAUCGAAAAUUCGUUCAUCAAACAGAUGGAAGAGAACGCCAUUCUGGAGAAAGGGACGGCGGAGAAAGAAGAAAAUAAAGAAGAGGAGAACAUGGCGGUUGUUUCUAGCAAUGAAAAUGGGAAGGAGGAAGGAAGAGCAAAUAUGAGGGAGGGUUCGUUGCGGAAAGGAAGGAAUGAAUCGGGCGAAAAUUCGACAGGAUCGAAAAAAGAAUUGCCGGACAUGAUCAACGAGCUUCCAAAUGCUAAAAAUACAGCGAAACGUAUCAUGGAUGCCGUUAUCCGUGAAAUGGUUGACGCAAAGGUGUUGGUUGAACAUCACUCGAAAUCGGAGAAUAUCGCUGAUUACGAAGUGGAUAGUUUGGAACGGUCGAAAUCCAGCAGGAAAUCGUCCAAUUCGCCAGAAUCCACCGAUCAAUCGAGCCCAGCUUUGUCCACAGCUCUGCCAAUGGAUGAAGAAUUGACGAUGCAAAAUGCUGUGAUCAAUCCAAGAACUGGUGAGAUGAUGAUAUCGAAUAAAUUAAAUAAAGAUAUUUUCGAAAAAGGGUAUUAUAAUAAUCUACCGGAGUUAAUCUCUUCUCAAAAAUCGGAGAGUUAUUCCCUCGUUAGCGAGGUGUAUGUGAACGAUGGCUACGAUAGUCCAGCCUGCAGCGACGAUUCUGGGCCAGAGAUUCAAUACGAGGCCGAGAAUCCUGGACAUUUGACUAUUAAAGUUCAAGAUUCGCCGAAAAAUUAUGUAAAACAGGACGAGUCUGAGUACGAACCGGACACGUUAGACAGGAAACCGAUGAAGUUGAAAAUCAACGACGGCACGAGUUAUGAAAAAGACGUUCCCGAUGAGAUCUAUGUCGAUUCUCUCGAAAGGCCUGCUCAAAUUCUUCUCAAAAGUAAGGGUAGCUUUCGUGAUCAAGACUCGGGGAAAAAUGGCCCAUGUUUGCAUCGUGGCUACGGAAGUCUUCGAGAAAUCUACGAGGCUAGGCUGAAAUCCAAUUCCAAGGAAUUGAAUAAUAGCACUAAAUCGUUGAACGGCCAUUUAGAAGAUUCCAUAUCUUGGAAGAAAUGUAAGUAUUUAACACCCGAAAUAAGACAGUUGAAAAGACAACGACAACCGAGCAAUCAACCGGACGUGGUACCAUUACCGCCCACGGAGGAUAUCUAUCAGCAUCCAAAACCUCCACGGCGUGUGAAAGAUACGAAAUUAUCAUCGAACUCUGUGUCAAAAAACGGGUGGGACAGGAGUCCUGCCGAAGCGGGUGACCCUACGACCAGCAACGGUUCUCCUGUCCCCUGUGACUAUUUCCACGUAGGGGCCAUUGAUUGUUCUUACUCCGACAAGGUUCAACGACAACAAGCCGAGGAGUCGAUGACAGAAUGCAAGCAUCAAUUGAUAGAUGAAACGAGAAACAAUUGCAUGCGAGAAAAGUCAAAGACUAAUUUAUCUGCAUCAUGGUAUAAUUCUCGCAUUCAAAAGGAUAAAAAGAAAUUUCUCGAUCAAUGUCAGAAACAAGAUUUCCAAAGAAAACAUUUGACAAGACCUUCCAGAAAUAACGAAUCCGUUACCAAUUAUUCCACGAAUCAUUUGUUCGGGUAUCAACCGCAACCACGAAUGAAAAUAGAAGAUAGCGGAUAUUUAAGUAGCACGGAUAGUAAUGGGUCGCACAAACAACUGCUAAAACACGAAGUGAGUAGCGUCUCGGAAACUGAUGAAACCGAAUCCGUCUGUGAUGGAGCGAGCGAGAGCGGUGCAGAAAGUGUUGGAACGGACAGUGUUUUCUUUGGAAAUUUUCGCAAACUUUCAAAUGUGUCUAAUUUGUUGAAAAAUAAUGAUUCAGGGAUGGAAAUUGGAACGAAAAACUCUUACAUUCAACCAUUUUGUGCCAAAAAUGAGAAUAGAGUUUUAGAAAAAUCAAAUUUUAGCACCAGCGAUAGCGAAACUGAAAGUUUUAUCACGGUUCUUCCGCCGUGUGGAUCUAAAGAAUCAGUUUAA